UUUCCAGAUCAAACACUCGUAAAAAUGAGCGCUGUGGAGGAAAGAACCGCUGAGAAGAGGCCCAUGAACGACAAGGAUGACAGCAACGAGUCCGCAAAAGGAAAGAAAGAACCCCGACUUGAAAAUGGCAAAACCGAUGAUGACGUCCAAGUGAUCAAGGAGAAGAAGGCUAAACAAAUUGAAAAUGUCGAAGGUGACGAGGAGGAUGAUGAUGAAGAUGUAGAUGAUGAAGAGGUGCAUGACGAGUCUUCAGAAGGAGAAGGUGAUGCUUCAGAAGGUGAAGGUGAUGACGAUGAGGGAGACUCAGGCGAGGAAGAGGACGGAGAUGACGCCGAAGGCGGCGAGGAGAGUGAUUGA